AUGUGGGGGAUGAGGAGUGGAGGUGGGGGGGUGGCCGCAGCGUCCCCUCUUACUCACCCCCACAUCCCCACCCCCAAUCAACCAACCCCCUGUAACCUCACCCCCCAUUUCAACCGCCCCCUGGAACCGCACUCCCUCCCCCCUUUUCUUCCUCCAGACCCCUCCCCACCCACGAUGGUCCCUGUCCAAUUCUUCACAGGUGGGGCUGCUGGUCACAGGUGGGGCUGCUGGUCACAGGUGGGGCUGCUGGUCACAGGUGGGGCUGCUGGUCACAGGUGGGGCUGCUGGUCACAGGUGGGGCUGCUGGUCACAGGUGGGGCUGCUGGUCACAGGUGGGGCUGCUGGUCACAGGUGUGGCUACUGGUCACGGGUGGGGCUGCUGGUCAUAGGUGGGGCUGCUGGUCACAGGUGGGGCUGCUGGUCACAGGUGGGGCUGCUGGUCACAGGUGGGGCUGCUGGUCACAGGUGGGGCUGCUGGUCACGGGUGGGGCUGCUGGUCACGGGUGGGGCUGCUGGUCACAGGUGGGGCUGCUGGUCACAGGUGGGGCUGCUGGUCACAGGUGGGGCUGCUGGUCACGGGUGGGGCUGCUGGUCACAGGUGGGGCUGCUGGUCACAGGUGGGGCUACUGGUCACGGGUGGGGCUGCUGGUCACAGGUGGGGCUGCUGGUCACAGGUGGGGCUUCUGGUCACAGGUGGGGCUGCUGGUCACAGGUGGGGCUGCUGGUCACAGGUGGGGCUACUGGUCACAGGUGGGGCUGCUGGUCACAGGUGCCUGGUGCCUGGUGCUGGCGGCUGGCGCCGGUGUUGGUGCUGGUGCCUGGUGCUGGCGGCUGGCGCUGGUGCUGGUGCUGGUGCUGGCGCUGGUGCCUGGUGCUGGCGGCUGGCGCUGGUGCUGGUGCCUGGUGCUGGCGGCUGGCGCUGGUGCUGGUGCCUGGUGCUGGCGGCUGGCGCUGGUGCUGGUGCCUGGUGCUGGCGGCUGGCGCUGGCGCUGGUGCCUGGUGCUGGCGGCUGGCGCUGGUGCUGGUGCCUGGUGCUGGCGGCUGGCGCUGGUGCGUGGUGCUGGCGGCUGGCACUGGUGCUGGUGCCUGACGGCUGGCGCUGGUCCUGGUGGCUGGUACUGGCGUAACGGCGCUGGUGCCGGUGCUGGUGCUGGUGACAGGCUUCGGUGCUGGUGCUGGUUCCUAGUGCUGGUGGCUGGCGGUGGUGCUGGUGCCUGGUGCUGGCGCUGGUGCCUGGUGCUGGCGGCUGGCGCUAGUGCUGGUGACUGGUGCUGGCGGCUGGCGCUGGUGCUGGUGCCUGGUGCUGGCGGCUGGCGCUGGUGCUGGUGCCUGGUGCUGGUGCCUGGUGCUGGCGGCUGGCGCUGGUGCUGGUGCCUGGUGCUGGCGGCUGGCGCCGGUGCUGGUGCUGGUGCCUGGUGCUGGCGGCUGGCGCCGGUGCUGGUGCCUGGUGCUGGUGCUGGUGUUCCGCCACCACUCCCUUCCCCCUUUUCCUCUCUCUCCCACAGCAUUCUGCCACCACUCCCUUCCCCCUUUCCCUCUCCCCCCACAGCGUUCCACCGCCAAUCCCUUCCCCUCCUCCCUCUCCCACCCACAGGUCCUGCUCCCUUAGGGUGGCGCGUGUUGAUCUGCAGGGGCGCGCGCUGCUCUGCAGGGGCGCACGCUGCUUUGCAGGGUGGCGUGCGCUUCUCUGCAGGGUGGCGCGGGCUGCUCUGCAAGGGUGCGCGCUGCUCUGCAGGGGCGCGUGAUGCUCUGCAGGGGCGCGCGCUUCUCUGCAGGGUGGCGCGGGCUGCUCUGCAGGGGCGUGCAAUGCUCUGCAGGGGCGUGCGCUUCUCUGCAGGGUGGCGCGGGCUGCUCUGCAAGGGCAUGCGAUGCCCUGCAGGGGUGUGCGCUUCUCUGCAGGGUGGCGCGGGCUGCUCUGCAGGGGCGCGCGAUGCUCUGCAGGGGCGCACGGGCGACGCGCGGGCUAGGGGCUAG